AUGGCGCUCACCUUCUUCUCUCAGCAGGAGUGGGACAAGAUACUAUCCCCAGUUCUCAGGGCGGCAGUUCCAAAGGCUGGUAUUUGCCGCAACUUUCCUCGUGCUAUGGUCUAUGCCCCUAUUGCACUCCAAGGAGUGGGUGUCCCUCAUCCGUACGGUCUCCAAGUCAUCAAACACUUGGACAUGCUACUUCGCCAUCCUGCCAAUCAGACCAAGACGGGCGCCUUCCUGGAGGCAUGGACGCUGUCCGCGCCUCAGUCUCUGUCUUCCCUAGCCGUUCCCCGAUCCACAAGAGCCGGGUCCUCCUCCACUCUACGGGUCCUCACCUACCAGCCGAAGCCAUCUUCCAUCCUUGACCUCUGGCAUCACUUUGGCAGUCUGGCUGAAUCAGGUUCUCAUGGCUGGGUUCCAGAGGUCAUUACCAUUGAAGGUAGUGCGGACCGCCUGGUUCAGGCCCUUCUUGCCAGUACCCUUGGUGCUGUGAGCAACGGCUCUUACAAAGCUAAAGUGGGCACAGCAUGCGCUCAGAUUCUCACUGAGGAUCGCAGGGAUAUCAUCUGGAUCACCUGCCAAACCCCUGGGAAAUUUGAGGAUCAGAGUUCAACGCGCAGCGAAUUGAUUGGCCUUAUGGCUUCUCUCCUGGUGUUGGACUGGAUGUCUCAGGCCGCCCAACUGAAACGCUUUGCCAGCCAACCGUCUGUUGAGAUGGCCUGCGACGGGCUCAUAGCUCUUGAUAAGUCCUUCUCCGAAGUCCACCUGUCCUCGUCUGGUGCCCAGUUUGAUCUGGUCUCCACCAUCCGGACCGUGCUUCGCCACCUUCCCCUCCAAGUUCACCGGCGCCAUGUUAAAGGACACCUGGACAAGCACCGGCCUUUCUUCCAACUGGACUGGUGGGAGCAGCGCAAUGUGGAAGAGGACUCCAAAGCACAAGCCUACCACCGCCUGCUGGAGUCUACAGGCCGUUCUGCCGCCUCCAACCCCCGCUUCUUCCAUGAACUGGUGUCUUUAUUCAUUGAUGGUGUUAAGUCCUCUAAACUGGAUCAGGCUCACAUCAUGGAGCUGGUCUCUCUUCCUGCCCUUUGA